UUUAUUUAAUUUUGAAAACUAAUUUGACAUGCAUAUAUAACAAUGUAAUAUGAAGCAAUUUAUGUCUGUUGAUCAAAGCCGUGUAUAUAAGGAGGAAAACAACGAUUAUACAGAAAAUUUAAGAAAAGUCUCACCUACGUCUUUAUCAUGCAUAUCAACAGAAGAAGCAUUAAGUAAAACGAAAUUAAAUAUUGGUCUGACGGACAAAGGACUUCAAUUGUAUGGAACCUGGAACAGGACUAAAUUAUUAAAGCUAAUCACACACAAACUCAAACAAUGUAUUCGUGAUCAAUUGAGUUCAAAAAGAUUUUUUACCGAUCCCACAAAUAACAGGCGAUUAUGGAUCACUAUUCAGAGUGGAUUAUAUAGUACAUAUGUCUUAAAAACUUUGCAAAAAAAAGGUAUGUCUGUACAUACCAUCAUAAAAGCAAUGAAACUUGGACUACUUAAACUUAAUCGUUGCGAAGUAUUCUAUUUCAAAAGUUUCAAUGUAGAUCCAUACAUAUUGCAAUUCCAAGAUAUGUGGUCAAGAAAAUUCAGUGACGAGCUUAUCUCAAGUUUAAGAUCUACAGGUUUAAGCGAAUCAGAGUGUUGGUAUAUCAUUGUACAUGGAAUAGAGUUACAAAAUUCGCAUAUUCUUUGUCAGUUGAUGUUAAGUGGCAUCGACGUUCCUGGAAUUAUAAAUUGGCAAUCUCCUGUCAAUCAUGCCUCGCCAAAAAUAAUUAAAUUUCUGAAACAUAUUGGAAUAGAAGAAAGUAUUAUACAAUUAGUAGAGCAGUAUGGAAUUGAUGAAGAAACUGAGCAAAUAUUGAUCGACAUAGGAUUUUAUGAAAUGGAAGAAAAGUGCUCAAAUCUAGAGGAAAUAUUAUGUGAAUGUAGUUUUACUAUGUUGGAUUCAGAUACCAAUAGUUUAGAAAUGAUACAAAAUAUUUGUGAAGUAAAUCAUUCAAGAAGCAUUACUACUCCCAUUGAUACACUAGAUUAUUUCCAACAAUGCCCUUGUCUGUGUCACCUUGUAGCAGAAAAGAACACAGUAGAAGAAUUGUCUGUACAAAGAAAUGAUUAUUUGAGACAAAAUAUUAUGGUGCCAGUGUCGUGGACAAUGGCAAAGGUUCUAAAUUAUAAACCUUCGGAUCCAAUACAUUAUAUGGCGUAUCAACUAUUACGUUGGAAAAACAAUAAUGUUACACAAAAUAAAAAGGAUACCAUCCACAACAUUAUCGCAUUAGCUACAACAGCAAUGGAUCGUAAACUUAUCCUGAGGAGACUUUCAGAAGAAGAAAAACUACUUGAACGUCUGAACGAUGAAGCUAUUAAAAAUACUCCCUGUACCAUCUGCAAAGAAUAUCAGAAAUUACAUCGUAUCAAACAAAGAUGUUGGAAAUGUUCGAAAAACCUGGCAAGAAAGUAUGAAAUUUGUAAAUUUCCACAAAUGUGUAACUCUUGUGAAAUUGAUGAAAAGCAAUUGGAAAAAUACGACAUUUGCGAAUUCUCACAAAUGUGUAGUUCUUGUAUAAUCAAUGAAAUCGAUAAAAAUACACAAAGAAAAUAUGAAAUUUGCCAAUUUCCACGAACGUGUAGUUCUUGUAAAAUCAAUGAAGCUGAGAAAAUUACGUCAAGAGAAUAUGAAAUUUGCGAAUUCCCACAAACGUGUACAUCUUGUAAAAUUAAUAAAGUGGACAAAAUUAUGCCAAGAAAAUAUGAAAACUGCGAAUUUUAAGA